CGGAACGACCUCCACGCCGCCGCUAGUCGAAACCGCCUCGGCGCACACCAGUGUUCUGUGCCUCUACUUUCAACCCACCGCUCGCGAGAGCGCACUCACAGGCGCACUCGAGUGCUCCAAAACGUCAAAGCGAACAUUGUAAACGCCGCGCGGUCAGACUGCUCCAACGCACGCGUCGCGUUGCCUAGUGCCGAAGUUUGUGCCGGUGCCUUCCUGUGGUUCACAACCGCGCGCCGAAGUUUGGCCGGGGCAAAAUACUCUUGCAAACAUGUGUGCUUUCAACUCGCUCACUGCGAGAGACUGCUGCCAUUUAGGUUUAUUUAAUCCUGCAUGAAGAAUGGAGAAUGACACCGAUGCCAGGGAGCGCCUCUUUCACAAUGCGAUCCGUGAAAUACUGAUUCACGCUUUAUUUUUCCUUAUCCUCUACGUCUUUGCGCACAUCCUGGUUUCAAAGUUUAGGAAGAAAAAGGAGUACUACUUUGCCGAGGACGAUGAAGAUGCCAUCGUGUGCAGAGUAUCCCUGUGGAUGUGCUGCUUCAGUCUUGCGGUGUCCUUGGGGGCAGCACUGCUGCUGCCAGUAUCCAUUAUCAGCAAUGAAGUGUUGCUGCUCUACCCUUCUAGCUUCUACGUGCAAUGGCUCAACAGUUCACUCAUUCACGGACUGUGGAAUGAGAUAUUUCUCUUUUCCAACAUCUCCAUCUUCAUUCUACUGCCAUUUGCGUAUCUGUUUACGGAAUCAGAGGGACUCCCGGGUUCUCAAAAGGGGCUUAUCUCACGCUUCUAUGAGACGUUUCUUGUGUUCACCCUGGUGGCAGCCCUGCUCUUUGGCAUGACCUUCCUGCUGUCAGCCAUCUUGGAUUAUGGCCAAACCAGUAUGCAGUCCCUGUUCGCCCUAUGGUGUGGCUAUCUGCCUUUCCUGUAUUCAUGCCUGUCAUGCUUUGGAGUUGUGCUGCUGCUCAUUUGUACACCAGUCGGAUUUGCUCGCCUGUUCACGGUGCUUGGAGAGCUGGUUAUCAAGCCCAAGUUCCUGCGUGACAUUCAGGACGAACACCAGUGCGCUAUGAUGGAAGAGGAAAACCUGCGAAGAAGGGCUCACAUCAUUAGCCAUGAGUUGGAAAUACACCAUUCCACACCUGUUCAAAGAAUCAGAAGAAAUGGCUGUGCAGCUUCUGCACUUAAACAAAGACUUUUGCAGGUUGGCAAGGUGCGCAGGGAACUAGCUCUGCAGCAGCUGGCAUCACCUUGGAGGAGAAACCUGGGCUACCCAUUGGCCAUGCUGGUUCUGCUGAGCCUCACGAUCAUCUCUCUCUUGAUGGUAAUCCACAACAUGCUGCAGCUUCUGAUUGGUAUCAAAGCUCUGCCAAUCUCUCCUCAGGUUGAGUCUGCCAAGGAAAACACUCUCUGGCCCCACCGGCUAAGGACAGACCUGCCGGACGCCCUGGACGAGGCCGUGGGGUCGCCCCCAAGCACUCUUCUUCCGGACACCAUCGACGACCUGGACUAA